CAGAGUGUGCAGUGGUGUAUUUUCGUGUUUCUACCAACGCGUGAGUGUGUGAAUUCGGUUAAUUAAAAACGCCAACCAAAGUAUAGCAGAACAAGCUGUGCGCGCAUUCGUAUUCGUAUUUUACGAUAACAACAAUAACAAAUAUAACUAGAGCAAUACGUCCCCGUCGCCGUCCGUGCUCCGAUCGGUGGUAGUGGUCCCGAUUUCGUCAGCGAUUUCGCGUUUUCGGUUUCGAUGUUUUUUCAGCAGUGAAUUCAAAUUCGUUUUACUCAAUUUAAAAAAUCUAAAUCAAUGGGUCAUUUUGCAAAUACAACAACAAGCAAUUGAACUUUCUGCCAUUAGUAUCGAUUGUCAAAAAUCGAAUAGUUUUUGAAUCGUCCCGAUCUUCGUAAACAUUACGAAAACGGAUCUAAAGCGUCAACGUCGUCGCAUUCACGAUCAUCGAUGUGUCUGUUCCAGUAAAAUUCAAAAUUGCAUAAGCAAAAUUUUUCUACAUUCAAAUACAACCACGUACGCACAACAACGUCGUCCGCAUUUGAAAUUCCAUCAAAAGCGAAAAAAGCGAAGGAAGAAAAAGUAAAAAGUGCGGCCGACAAAAAUAUAGUAGAUACGUGAAAAUUUGUACGUUUCAAACGACGACGAAUAGUAGCAGCACAUUUGCUGCGCUAUUUUGGGAAAUUUUUCAAGCAUUUAGAUGUUUUGGUAAACAAGUGCAAUGUGACUGUUUAGAAACAAAAAGUUUCCUUGAAAGAAAAACGCCACUAAACAAGUGUUUAUAAUAAAUUUGUGCUCAUUGUGCAAAAACAAAUAUUCAAAGACCCAGUGCAUGCGUCCUCAGUGUCAGCGUGAAUAACUUUCAGUGCAAAAAAAAAGAACAUUUAACUACAGUGCCUUCUAAAGUGUUUUUUUUUUCAUCCACUGAGAUUGUUAAGCCAAUUAGUGGCAUUUCGAAAGAAAGACACAUAAAAAACAACUGCAAAUUGUAAAAAGUGCGAACAGCAAGCGGGCAACACAUAAUUAAGUCGCCAGUCAGCGCGUUGUAGUGUCACAGUUAUAGUGCAUAUAGAUAACGUUAAAGACCGCAAAGACUAACAAAGAAAUUACCCUAAGACCAACACUUCAACCCUGAUGGCAACAACAGCACCGGCCAGCGCCCCCCUUAUCAGCCACAGCAGCUCCGCCAACAGCAGCAGCAGCAGCAAGCCGAUUACCAUACCCUUGCUUGAGCGCUUCACCAGCCAGCUAUCCACUGGUUCGGCCGACAGUGGCGUCGUUGUUGGUGGUGCUAAUUCUUCCAGCAGCAAUUCUGUGGCGUUGACUAGAAAAAGCCUUGCCGCCAACUGUUCAUUGGAUACGCGCUGCAAUUCGCUAUGUCUGCAUGGCACGAAUGUCAAAUGGCAGCUCCAGAAGCUGAAGCAGCCCACCAAUAAACAGUUGCUGUCGCAGGAUAGUGGCAUCGAUGCCGUUGUCGAUGGCGGUAGUGGCGGCACAUUGGCCGCUGAUGGCGACGCAGAUUCGACUGCCGGUUCGCGGCAACAACUUAAGUCCAUGCAGUGUUCGUCGUCCAGCAGUGAGUCGCUGGGCGGCAAUUCAUCGGGCCUGUCGCUGUCCAAAUACUCGGAGGAUGGCGGCGAGUCGGAGAACUCGUCGGGCAUUUGCAUGAGUGUCGGCAAUGGCCGACGCAUUAAGUAUCGCAAUAGCGCCAGCACCUGCACUCAAGGUUUAGAGGACCGCAUCGAAGAGGUAGACAUACCAGACGAUUACGACGAGGAGGAAGACGACGUGGAUAAUGACGACGUCGAUGUAGACGAAGACGAUGAUGAAGUCGAUGUGGGCGUAGAUGAUGAUUUGGACGUGGAUGAGGAUGAAGACGUUGAAAGCGAUAGCGAUUCGGGUAAUAACUCGGGUGUUGUGGGCGAAACAGGCAGCGCCUCCAUGCCCACAACGAUCGGUACACUCAACGGCUCCUUUGGCAAGAUCGUGCCAACGAAAGCGCUCGGCGUCAAAGAACCACCGGCAGCGAUUCAAUUGAACAUCAAGUCGUCGCUACAUGCGCCGCAGUGCGCCUCAGCGCCGGUAGGCAGUGUUACUUACUCAACGUCCCACCACAAAGCCAAUGAAACAAAUAAGCCAACCACUAGCAGUAGUAAUCAUAAUAAUCUAAACAAUAAUCGUAGUAGUAGCACUAGAGACCAUAGUAGUAGUAGUAGUAAACCGCAAGCAGCCACUAAGUCCAAAAAUCCCGAAUCACAAGUAUUGGCCACUGAUGGCAAUUAUUAUUUUCCGCUGCUGAAAAUCUCCGACGAUCCGUACAUUGAUUCGAAAUUGAUUAACAAGAAGGAUGGCCUACAGGACACCAUGUACUAUCUGGACGAGUUCGGCAGUCCGAAAUUGCGCGAGAAAUUCGCACGCAAACAGAAGGAGAAGGAACAGAAGCAACAGAAGGCGCAAAGGAAGCAAAGCAAACGCGAAGAGGAGCGUAAGAAGCGCACAACAUUGGCGCCGAACGCCACUGCUGCAUUCACGACUGACAAGCAAACCGCUAACAGCGGCGCGACAAUGGAGUCCAAAAAACCAAGCAACGUCAUAGACGCUGCUGCAAACUGUGAUGAUAGCUCCAAGGAGCAAAGGCAAAGUAGUAGUUAUAAGCACAAAUGCGAUGCUGCGGCUGGGAGUGAGCACAAGACCGCUAAUGAGGCGGAUACGCGCAUUACAGCGAGCAACAAGUCGCUGUCGACCGCAUCCUGCGUGACCUGGAAUAAAGUAUUUCGCAAGUUCAAAACUGUUUUAGGCAGAGAUGGUUCCAAGAUUACAACAGUCGUCGCCACACCUGGCCAAGGUACUGACCGUGUGCAAGAAGUUUCCUACACAGAUACCAAGGUGAUCGGCAAUGGUAGCUUUGGCGUGGUCUUUCAAGCGAAAUUAUGCGAUACCGGCGAGCUGGUAGCUAUCAAGAAAGUUUUACAAGACAGACGAUUUAAGAAUCGUGAAUUGCAAAUUAUGCGCAAACUGGAGCAUUGUAACAUUGUAAAACUUUUGUAUUUUUUCUAUUCGAGUGGUGAAAAGUUAGCCGAAUUCCCGAUCGAUAUUGGCAUCUUCGCCAGUGUCCUUAAACCGCAGCGUGAUGAGGUAUUUUUGAAUUUAGUUCUCGAAUAUAUACCAGAAACCGUAUACAAAGUGGCACGUCAAUAUGCCAAAACCAAGCAAACGAUACCAAUUAAUUUUAUACGGCUCUAUAUGUAUCAACUAUUCAGAAGUUUGGCUUACAUCCAUUCAUUGGGUAUCUGUCAUCGUGAUAUCAAACCGCAAAAUUUACUCUUGGAUCCAGAGACGGCUGUGCUGAAAUUGUGCGAUUUUGGCAGCGCCAAGCAACUUUUACACGGCGAACCGAAUGUAUCAUAUAUUUGCUCGCGGUAUUAUCGUGCACCGGAAUUAAUAUUUGGCGCCAUUAAUUACACUACAAAAAUUGAUGUGUGGAGCGCCGGCUGUGUAUUAGCUGAAUUACUACUCGGCCAACCAAUUUUCCCCGGCGAUUCUGGUGUCGAUCAAUUGGUUGAGGUCAUCAAAGUUUUGGGCACACCGACACGAGAACAAAUACGCGAAAUGAAUCCAAAUUACACGGAAUUCAAAUUUCCACAAAUUAAGAGUCAUCCAUGGCAGAAAGUUUUCCGUAUACGCACUCCGACAGAAGCUAUCAAUCUGGUAUCACAACUGCUCGAGUACACGCCCAGUGCACGUAUAACGCCACUAAAGGCGUGCGCACAUCCAUUCUUCGAUGAACUGCGUCAAGAGGGCAACACUACAUUGCCCAAUGGUCGGCCUAUGCCGCCAUUAUUUAAUUUCACAGAGCAUGAACUAUCGAUACAGCCAAGCUUAAUCCCACAAUUGUUGCCAAAACAUCUGCAAAAUAACAGCGCAGGUCGACCGGUUGCCGGUGCUGGUGGCGAGGGUGCUUCUGGCUCAGCAUCAAAUCCGUCAAGUGGCGCCGGUACGCCAGGCGGCGCAACUUCCCAAGCAACUUCAGGCACACAAUCGAGCGCAUCAGCUACAACCAGCAGUGGCGGCGGCAAUGCAACAGUGGCCAACCCAUCGUCCAGCGCCUCAGCUGCUGCGGCAAGCAGCGGCGCGCCUUCAGCGGCACAAGCAGCGCAAGCGAGCGGCGGCGAUGCGGCCAACAGCAGCAAUGGCGGUAACCAACAGCAAGCGUCUGCCAGCGGUGCGGCAGCAGCCGGCGCGGGUGAUGCCACUUCGAUUUCAAGCGCCGGUGGCGCCAGUGGCGGCAAUGGCAAUGGCGGCGGCAGUGGUGGCAGCAAUAAUAGCGGCGGCGGCGGCGGCAAUGGCACACAGCCGCAACAGACAGCGACGACAAUGGGUUAGCGAGCUGCAAACGAAGAAAAUGGAGGGCCUAUUAAUUCUAAUAAGAAUAAUUAAAUUUAAAAACAUAAAAUAUAUAAAAGCUAAAAUAAAAAGAGAAACAUUUAAAAAUAAAAUAAAUAAUGCUAAAAAUAUAUACAUACAUAGAGAAAAAUAGUACGAGUACAGAAAGCAAAAACCGAAAAUAUAGAAUGGAAAACAUUAAAACAAAACACUAACAUAAAAUUAAUUAUAUCUUAUAUAAUACAUAAUUAUUAAAAGUAAAAAAAGCAAAAAAGGUAAAAAAUUUGAAAAAAAAUAUUUGCAAAAAAAAAAUUAAAACUUAAUUUGAAAAGGAAAUAACUUCGUUAAGUUGUUAAAUGAGUAACAACAAUAACAACAAAACAAGAAACACAGCAAAGCGAAGUGUGAAUUUGAUUUUGAAUGUUAUGAUUAAUUUAAUUAUUAGCAGAAAGCAUAGUUAGCAGUACAGUGCAGGCAGUUAGUAAGCGUAUAGCGGCAUAUAAAAAAGUAAAUAAAAAUGUGCAUAAAAAAGUUAUGGAAAAUCAGUAAAACAGAAGAAUACUAAUCAAUUUCAUAUUGAUAGCAACUAAAAAUACACAAAAAUAACAACAACAAAAAAUUAUAAUAAUAUUUAAAUGAAAACACUAUUUAAAUUUAUUAUUAACAAAACAUAAAAAAUAAUAAAGAAAAAACUUAGCUUAAAUAAUAAUAAUCUGAAUAAAAGAUCACACAUUUGAGUUGUAUAGUUGAGGACUACAAAUGUCACUGAUGCUGAUUGAAAAUGAGUAGGGGCUAGUUAAGGCGCAUAUAAAUAAGUAGCGCAUGAAGAAUACCAGCAGUUGCAGCAGUUUAAGUACAUAGCAAAACAGCAGCAACCGUUAACAGUUAGUGGUAAAAGAAAAUGUAAUCAAAAAAUAAAAAUAAUAAAAAAAAUAAUAAAUAACAUAAAUCACACAAAAAAUUGUAAGAAAUAAGCGUACAUGGAACAGUGUAGGUAAAUAAAGCGCGCCAGCAGGCAAGCGCGCGUACGAAACCGAAAAUAAAGAACGAUUUUGUCGCACUUUGCACUACUGUAAGCAAAAAAGAACUCAUAACUGUAUAACUGCAAGCAGAUUCAACUAAAAACUUUAUUAGCUAAAAUCAACAGCAAACAAUUUACAAAUAUAAUUAAAACACACAUAAGAAAAACAAAGCAAAACAAAAACUAACAGCAUAAACAAACAUAACUCUAAGUAAAAGCAAAAGAAAAAACAAAAAAAUGCAAUCAAUCAAAUGCGCUUCAAAAGCUAAACUACCAGCAUGUUUGGCAACGCCAUGCAGUGACAACAAGCAACACAUACAAAACUAAACAAAACUGUGCAUGUUUGUCAAACUUCAAUUUCGGCAUUGCAAACAAAAGCUAACAUGUAUAGCCGCAGUUUUGCCUAUUUUAUCGUUUUGUUUGCACGCAUUUCGCCAUUAUGCCUUGCAGCUAUUUAAAGUUUCAAAUAUAAACAGUCGAAUGCUUGGCUGUAAGCAGUAAAAUAGUGUGAUUUGGCGUCUGUGCGUAAACAAAAAAAUGUUACGUUAUGGUGAAGCAAAAUAUUGAUUUGCAAUUUUCGCAACAUUUUGUUUUAGCAUUUCAAGUGAAUUUAGCAAAAGUUACAGAACAAAAUAAUAUUUUAGCUGCGUUUGAAGCCUAGCAGCAAAGCGCAUUGGAAAGAAAGAAAAUAUAGCAGCAGAAGUUUAAAUUUAAUUACUAACUAAGCAAAAUAUGGAAAUAUAUAUAUAUACUAAAUAGUAAAGAAGAAGAAACAAACAAACGGGGAGAUUGCACGUCGCGGUAAGUUUUUUUUCGAGUUUCAUUUAUUAUGUGUAUGUCGUUCUUUAUACGUUAAACAAAUAAUUAAAUGCAAUUAAACUAAUUAAUAAUAUAUUAGUUUUUAUUAUGAUUAUUAAUAAAUAUUAUUAUUAUAAUUAUUAUUAUUUAUGUAAAUGUAUGUAUAUAUAUGUAUGCUAUGCUACAUGUAAACAUCAUUUAAGUCGUUAAGUCUAACGGUCAUGUUUAAUUUUAUUUCUAAAUACAAUUGAAAAACAAAAUGCAACAAGAAAAAUAAAAACAAAUAAAUAAAUAUAAUUAAUAAACAUUAACACAUGUAUGUUUAAUUUAAAUAAAGUUAUAAGCUUAGUUGGCGACUGUUUGACGGCGUUGGAAGCAGGGUUGCGAAUUUUUUAAUUAAAAAUUUUGAAUUAAACUCAGUUAUUCAAUUUUUUUCCGAUUUCAGGAUUAAAGAUUAAAUUAUAAGUUUUUCAAUUUAUAACUCCGGGUUUAAUACUAACAAUUAAAUUUAAAUUUUAAAUUUUUCUCUGAAAAAUUGAGAAUUUAAUUUUUAGUCCAAAGUGUUUGAGAUUAAAAAUAAAAUGUUCAAUUUUGAUUGAAAAUUUUAUUUUUUAAUUAAAAAAAAAAAAAAAUUAAAUUUUAUUACUAAAUUUAAAAAUUAAAUUUUUAAUUAAAAUUAACCUUUUUUUGAGAUUAAAAAUUAAAAAUUUUAUUUUUUAUUAAAUCAUUAAAAUUGAACAUUUUAUUUUUAAUCUAAAACAUCUUGGAUUAAAAAUUGAGAAAAUAUUUUUUAAUUUAAUAAUUAAAAUAAAAAAAUGUUCAAAGUACGGUAUUUUACUAAAAAUAAACUUCCUUUUCAAAAGAUGUCCCAAAUGGUGGUAAGCGAAAUACGUAAAUACAGAAAACUUUACAAAUUUCCUUCUUUAAUUUUUAAUUAUAAGCUUUGGAUUAAUUUUUUUCAAUCCGGUUUUAGAGUUAAAAUUUUAAAAAUUGUUAGUAAUUAAAAUUUUCGGUAAUACAAAGAAAAAAAAAUUAAUUCAAAUGUUAAUUCGAAUAUUUUUUAAUUAUUUGCAACCCUGUUUGGAGUUUGCUGUGUAAACAAACAAUAUUUUAAUACACAGAAAUAAAAAAAAUAAGUAAUGCAACAAAAUACAAAUUGGUAUAUAAAUAACAAGAAAUAAAUUAAAUAAAAAACUCAACUAAAUUUUUUAUAUUAAUACAUAUUCAUACAUAUGUACAUAAAAAAAUAUAAACUGAAAACUUUAUUUCUUAAAUUAAUUGUUGAAUCUAGCAAUUUUAAUGCAUUUUACAACUUCGUCGCAAAAAACCUAUUUAACAGCUAACUUUUGCAACCUUGAGUGGUCUUAGCGCAUUAGGCGAUUAAAACUAUUUACAGUUAGUAACCAACAUGGUGAUUUGGAAGGAGCUUCGACUUAAAAUCUAGAAAAGCGAAACCAGAAACUGAACUAUGGAGCACUAAUUAUGUUUUAAAUUAUUAUUUUAAGUUUUUUUAUUUAAAUACAUAUAUAGAUACAUAUAUUUUUUUAUUAUUUUACAAGCAUUUCAAAUCUCUAAUGAAAGCUUAAAGAGCUUAUAGCACUUUGGUAAUUUUUUUCAAUUUAAGCAAACGAUGUUUGGCCAGUUAUCACAUACAAAUAAGUGGUAACAUCAUAUUGCAUAUACAAAUAUUUUCAGUUAAAAAGUUAAAUAUAAUGACUUCAACUUUAACCGCAACAUUCUCGCCAGCUUUUGUUCUGUAGUGUAAGCUUUUGUGUGCACCGGCAAGACAUUUGAAAAAUAAAUUGAAAUAUUCUAAACAAUAAUUGUUCACGUUAUGUGAUAACAAAGCUAAAUACAUUUUUUUAAUAAAAAAUUAUUUUUAAUUUAAUAAUAAUAAAAUAAAAUAAUAAAAAAAAAUAUUUUUAAUAAGAAAAAAUGUAUAAUAACGAAAAAUAAUUUGAAACUAUUUAUCUGCGAAAAAUUUAAGGGCACAAAUACUCAACCGCAUUGCGGCUUUAAUUUUGCUAGUUUCUAUUUUAAAUAAUACAAGAGUAUGAACUUGCAAGCAUGCCUAUAAAUUCAUAAAUACUUAAAUAAGCGUAAUAAAAAAGUAAAAAGAGUAAAUAAAGUAGUAGAAAAAAUAUAUUUGAAUUCUUUAACUGUUGUUUAGCUGUAAAAACAAUCAUAAAAAUGCAUAAUUAAAUUGUAAUCUACAAAAAGGUAAAGAUAUAGAAGAAACAUGUAUGUAGCAUAGUUUAUAAAAAAUUAAAGCGGUAAAAAAUUAAAUAUGAAAUAUUUGUAGCAUAAAAUACAUAUUAUCUUUUCUUACAAGCACUGCUUUCAAGUGGCUGGAUCAAUUGGAAAUCGUGCUUCAAUAACGAGUUUCACAUAACAGUUUAAAAUAUAUUAGUUUUUAAAACAUAUUAGUUUCUACAUUUUAUUGCAAAUUUUAAUAUUCCUUUUUUAUUAUUUUAAUACCUUUUUUUUCCUACCUAUUUAUUUUUUGAAUUUUUGUUUUUAGAAUUCUAUUUUUUUGUUUUGUGUUUUAUAAAUAAUUUUUCCUCCCUAUUUAUUUUUUUUUUAAUUUUCUUUGUAAUUCUCAUUUUUUGUUUUGUGUUUUAUAAAUAAACAUAUUUUAAUGCGACUUUAAUUUUCUUUUCCACGUAUUUAUUUAUUUUUAUGUUUUAUUUAUAUUAUAUUUUAGAUAUAUUUUUUUAAUUAAAAUUUUUGAUUUAUUUAUAUUUACAUUUUUUUUUAAUAAAUUUUUUUUUUCAAUAUUAUAUUGAAAAAUAUUAAAAAUGGACUAGUUUCAAUGUAGUUGCGUUUAAUUUUCUAUUAAUUUAUCGUAUGUAAUAAAUCCAUUUUUUUGUUUUUUAAUAAAUUUAAUUUUUAUAACGCUUAAAUUUUUAAUAAUUUUUUUAUUUUAUUUUUUGUUUUUUUUUUAUUUUAUUUUUUAUAAUGCAUAGAUUUUUUUGUAACUGUAUUUUUUAUUAAUUUGUAUUUUUUAGUAAUUUUGUUUAAUUUUUUCAAUAAUAUUAUAUUGAGAAAUAUUUAAAAUUAAAAUCUACAAUUUUGUGAGUGUGGUCUUUUUUUUAAGUUACAUUUAGCGCGUUUUAGCGAUAUUAUGUACUUAUUUGAGAUACUGACGCCCAUCCAACACAGUAAAAUCAUUGGCUUUUUAUAAAAUUUUCUUUUAUUAUUACUCUCUGAAUUUUUGAAAACCGUAUAAAAAUAGAUAACACAGUCAUUGCAAUAUAAAAUGCAUACCUGCUUUUGUAGUUCAAAAUUUUUAAAAAUUUUGAAUUUAUAGCAAGUAUAAUAUUUGUAUGUAUAAUUGCGAUUCCAUCCGUUAAAGCACACAAUGCAAAUUAAAAAAUCGACUACGAGAACUCCUAAUCGUCCGCACACUCAUACGAUCACCAUUUCACAUCUCUAACCAAUAUUAAAUACCCUUUGAUACUUAGUAUUUUUUCUAACAAAUUUUUAAUUUUCUUAAUAAGAAAAAUAUAUUGUUUUGACAUUUCGCUUUGUACAAUGGAAAUAUCAUUAAUAUGAAGAAUAGCAAAUUAAAAAGCACUGUUACUUAAUCAGCUAAAACGGCAACUUGUUUACUUUAACUUAAAAUCAGAAAUAAGCAACAAAAAUUUAACAGAAUACAAAAUAACUAAACAUAUUUCUUGAAACAGUGUUGCAUUUUGCAUCUAUAUACAUACUCUAUAAAGAAAUGACAAAAAAUUCGAAACUUUUGAAAUUGUAACACCAAUAGCACAAGAACAGCAGUAAACAUGCUUAGAACAGCGUGAAAAUAAAUUAAAAAAUAGUUAUAUAAAUAUAUUUACAACUUAUAAAUAAAUUUAAAUGGAUUAUCAGACAAACAUUCAUAUGUAUUACUUUAAUAUAUACAUAUUAUGCAUAUACAGAUAAUGAAUAUAAACGUAACCCUAAGCGAAAGUUGCAAAAACUGUAUAAUUUGAAAAAAACAAAACCAAACAAAAGAAAAAUAUUACAAAAAAGCGACACAUGGUUAGUUAAAUAAUAAAAAAAAACAUACAUUUAAUGAAAAAAAACAUAAAACUAGCAGAAGCGUUUAAUAGUAAAAAUAAAUAUAUGAAUAUAAUACAUUAAAAAUAUGUAUGUAUGUAUGAUGAUUUCGAUAUUCAUUAUUACAAAUAGUAAUAAAGAAAUAAUAACAAAUAAAUGAACUCAAUAUAAAAAUCUUCAAACUUUAAUUAACCUUAAGUAAAUGCAACUAAUAUAACAGUUAAGAAUAAAACAACAGUAAAAA